AGUUUCAAAGUUCGCGGCGGAAACGACAAAAACAACAAUAACGCCUUCCGAUUUCAUUUUUCUGUCACUACCACGCGUGAUAUUCUCAGUUCACAUAGUUUACAGUCGUUACGAUUCAUCUGAAACGUGUUUGGCUUUUUAUUUUAUAGAUUGAAGUGAUUAGUUGAUUAGCUACCAAUGCUAACGACGCUAGCUGGUAACCACAGGUAACGACCGCAAGCUAGCUCUCUGUCAAAUCCGUUUAGUUGUGUUUUUAUCGGCUUUUUAAAGUCAUCAGUUGUAGGAAUGCAGCGUUGAAGGACAGCACUUAAACCCACUCACUGUGAAUAUGUCGGGUUGCUUCACCACAGCCACUUGUAGAUCAUCGGACUGUUAAUCUCUGCUCAUCAUUUGGUUUUGCUUCGACUUCAAUCAGACCAGAUUUUCAGGAUGGAUUCAGAUUUGGAGUUUCACCGUGAUCAAGUCCACAGAUUGAGUUCUGCUGUCAGCCAGUAUCAGCAUGGACCACACAGUCAGUCCACAGCAGCUCAGGUUGAAGAGACGAGGAGGACGGAGUCCCCCACUCCUUGGAUCUCUGAUCGAGGUUUAAUGGCUCCUCUGAUUGCGGAGUAUGAUCGGCACAUCGAUGAAAUGACUGAGAAGCUGCAGAAGUAUGAGGCCAUGAUGACGGAUGUCAAAGUGAAGCUGGAGAGAGUCGUCAAAGAAAAUGAAAGGUUGCACGCAGAGCUGAGGGAGUCUGUGGAGAAGCAGAUUCAUGCUCUGCCCACGCCUUCAGGGGUGGAGGGCAGCACGCUGGAGGAAGACGCCAUCAUCAAAAACCUGCAGGAGCAGGUCCAGCUGUCGGAACAGGAGCGGGUGCAGGCCAUGGAGCUGUGGCAGACAGCAGCCCAGGAGCUGGAUCGCCUCCAGCAGCUCUACCAGAAGAGCGUCAGCGACGGACAGACGCGCGACUCGCAGCGGCUGCAGCUGAAGGAUCAGCUUAUUCAGUUCCAGCAGCACACACACAAACUUCAAGUGGCCAAUCAGAAGCUGGAAAUGACGAACCAGCAGUUCCUGCAGACGGUGACGGAGCAGAGCGCCGAGAUGGAGGAGCUCCACAGCCAGCUCAGACAGGCUAAAGCUGAACUGAGGAUGGCCACGGCUAAAGUGGACGAGAUGACCAAACUCCUGCAGAGCGUCCAGGAACAGAUGCAGAGACGGGAGGAGGAAGUGGCUGAAGCUCAGGGCCGAGAGAACGCAGCAGACCGGCGGCUCCAGCAGCUGCAGGCAGCCUUAAGCCAGCUCGAGUCCAAGCUGAAGGCCGCCUCUCAGGAAGCGGAGGCCGUCCGCAGAGAGCAGACCGUGUGGGAGCGGAAGGUGGGGGAACUCACGGCACGCUGCUCCGCCCUGGAGGAGGAGAAGUACGACGCCCUGUCCAAAGUCCGAGAGAGCGUCCAAAUGGCAGAGGAAGCGGCGCUGCAGAAGGACCAGGCGCGGCUCAGAGAGAAGCAGAAGACGGAAGAGCUGGAGAAGACGAAUGAGGCCAUGAGACAGCUGAUCCAGACCGCCGCCGUCCGCACCAGGAAGGAGGUGGAGAAUGCACGCAAACAGUGCAACGUUCAGAUCCAGCGUAUGGCGGAGGAGCUGUCUGCUCUGCAGCUGGAGUGUGCCGAUAAAGAGUCUCAGAUAGAACGCUCCCUGCGAGAGAGGAAAGCUGUGGAGGAGGAGCUGGAGAAGGUGUACAAGGAGGGCCGAGCAGAGCCGGACUUCAGGAGGAUCGAUGAGCUUCAUCAGAGGUGUCUGGACGCAGAGCGGCUGAGGGAAGACCUGAACCUCACGCUGCAGAGCACGCAGAGCAGGCUGAAGAAAAUGGAGCUGGACUACAGCGAGGAGCUGUCGCGCUGCCAGGAAGAGGUGCGGCGGCUGCAGGGCGCCCUCGCCGCCGCCCGAGACGACAGCGUCAGCGUGAGCGAGGAGCGGCUGCAGCUGCAGCAGGAGAACCUGCAGCUCCGCAGGGAGAUGGACGAGUUGAGGAAGACUUCCCUGCUGGUCCAGAAGAAGGCCAAGCAACAGGUCUCGCAGAUGGAGCAGGAGUACAGCCUGAAGGAGCAGAGCCUGGACGCCCGGCUGAGGGAGCUGGAGGACAGCAGCCGCAGCUCCAGCGCCGACCUGACCCGACUCCUCGCCGCACAGCAGAAAAGCACUCAGCGCUGGAAAGAGGAGGCCAAGAGCCUCGUCCAGGCCUUCGAGACCAAAGUCACAAGCCUCAAGGCAGAGCUGAGUCGGCAGAAACAGCGAUCGCAUGAAUUAGAGAUGCAGCUGGAAUGUGACCAUAACGCCGUGGCUGAGUAUGAGAGGCAGCUGGCAGAAAGCCAAGAGAAGAUGGGUCGUCUCCAGAGACGCCUGACGCAGUCCGAACAGAGGGCGGCUUCGGCUGCACAACAGCUCAGUGUGUUGACGUCACAGCGAAGGAAAAACGCCGUUGCUGAUCCCGGAGCGAUUUAGUGGGAAUCUGUACAUAAAGAACUAACUGUUGGGCCAAAAUCAUGAAGAGAGCGCUUGUCAGUGCUCUGGUAAUUAAAACACUCCUACACAUGAAAUCUUUUUAUAAAAACCAGACAUUUGGGAGAGUGCUUCUUUGUAACAAUGCUUUUUUACACCGACUGUUUAUUCCCUUUUAAUAAGCUCUAUCUUUAUUGUGUUUUGUUUACAUGCUGUACUGAAACAUUUGCACUUUUUUGUAUUUAUUCUGAGAUUUAGGAAAAAAAUUACUGUGAAAUA